AUGAAGGAAGCCCUGCGACCUCUCGUCGAGGCCAGCGCCUCGGGGAUCCGCGAGAUUGCUCGCGCGGGCUUCCACGCUGGCGCGUCCUGGGCGCUGCUGCCCAGCUGCCCUGCGGCGCCCCCCUGCCCGCCGUACCCGCCCUGCCCCGCGUGCUUCUGCACGUGCGGGGAGGGAGGCGGGCCGGUGUGUGACGCGGUCGCCGACGCGGUCGUGGGGGCGCUGCGCGAGGCGGUGGAGGGCUGUGUCGGCGGGGGAGCCGCGCUAGGGGACGACCUCUGGCACGAGCGGAUCCUGCUGUACCCAGCAGCCAGUGAGACGGCUGGCGCCGGGCUUCAAGGAGCCUGCUGGGUGGUGUACACCCCCGACCGUGACAUGUACAUCGAGGAGCUUGAAGGAGGGUCGCCCGACGACAGCCCCGUCGAGUGGCUGGAGAUGCCGCGCGACUUGCGGCUGCCCAGUGGGCUUGGGCGGGCGUACCGCUUUGAGGAGUCGCCGACGGAGGAGGUGAUGAAGGACCUCUAUCGUCGGGCCUUCUCGGCCGCCCAUGCCGAUGCGGAGGCGCGCGGUGUGCAGCUGGAGACGCCGGUGGCGGUGCGGACUGCAGCAGGGCGAGACGUGGCAGUGCAGGAGGCGCUCGGGGCCAACUUCUUCGGUGGCCGACGGAUGACGGGCAAGAGACCUCCUCUCGGUCUGGACCUCGGAGGAGACCACGGGGGCCACCCUGGACCGGCCGCAGCGGCCGCGGAGGGCAUCGGCGACAGCGGCGCCCCUGGGCCUGCGGUUGAGGGGACCAGCACGCCACGGUCGAGCGGACGUGUAUGGCGAGCAGCCGAGGCCGACGAGCGUUGCCGCAUCGCGCUGGGAGACGAGUUGGGGCCUCCUGCGCAGUCUCUCUGCGGCAAGGGGCUGUGCCUUGCAGCGCCCGGGCGAGCCGUGGUGGUGCACCUGACGGGGCUCGACCAGGACUCCUUCGUGAUGAGCCUGCGCAGUGGCGAGGGCCACCCCUUCAGCGCUGGCGCCGAGAACGGGGGAGGAGGAGAUGCCCGAACACUGACGGUGAAGAGUGGGCCGCGGGGCCGAGGCCGUGAGUGGCGCGAGGUCGUGGACGCCUGCGAGGAGGAGCCGUUCGGUGACUUCCCCGUGGCAGGGCCCCGGUCGGCUUGGUGGUGCUUGGAUUUCUUGCGGCGGCGGCGCACCCCUACGGAUCACCAUUUGAUGUUCAAGACGACGGCGAGGCUCCAGUCGGAGCAGUGGGGGGUGCAAGAGCAUGAGCAGCUCAUGAAGUACAUCGAGCUGGCGGGCACUUAUGAUCAGCUGGACCUCAGCAACUGCGCCUUCGCCGAGGCCAUUUUUCGGCGGGCGCAGACCAUCGAGUGGAGCUACCACGAGCGUUUGCGUGAGGCCGACUCGGCUAGCUCCAAGGACAAGAUGAGUCCCGAGGAGUUCUCGGCUUUCAGCGGCUUCAGCAAGGCUGGGGACCUUCUGAUGGUGGCCCCUACGCUCCUCGAGUUCGUGAAGGGCCAGGUCGAGAAGGACGCCGCCAUCAUGAAGAACAUCAGGAAGGCCCGAGAAGAACGAGAGCUCCGCCGCAAAGGAGCCCUCCGUGAGCUCCGCGGUGCUGGCGUGUACGAGGACAUCGACUCGCCAGUCGUCAGCUUCGACGAUUCCCUCGUCUCGCUGCCCGAGGCCGGCAACGUUCCGGUGCCGCUUGGGGAGCUGGUUGCAGGCGUGGGCGAUCUAGAUGUCGAGGCAUCAAUACACGAGCAGCUCCUUCCACGCAAGGAUGCGGAGUCCAACCUCUCUGAGGCUCCGCGACAGCCGUACAUGGAUGCUGUCCUCCGAGCUCAGCCACAUGCCUAUGCUGGGUUGGUGCGGCGCUUGCAUGCGGCGGGGAUGGUGACUUUCUCUGCCGCGCCACGCGAGAGGUGCGGCCUCUUCUUCGUGCGUAAGAAGUCUGGCAAGCAGCGCAUGGUGAUUGACUGCCGACGGGCUAACUGCUGGUUCAAGAGGCCUUCGACAGUCGCGCUGGCGACAGGCUCUGCACUUGGAGAGCUAGCCGUGCCAGAAGGAGAGCAGCUCUACGUCGGUCACGUUGACAUCUGCGACGCCUUCUAUCACUUUGGAUUGCCUGAGGCUUUUCGGGAUUAUUUCGCGCUGCCAGCGGUGAAGGCAGGUGAUGUGGGGCUGAGUGUCCUAGGUGGAAAGUCCCUCGCGCCUGGCAGCCGUGUGUGGCCAGUCCUGGCGGUGCUGCCCAUGGGCUGGUCGCAUGCGCUGUAUUGGUGCCAGACCAUUCACCGCGGGGUCGUCAGCUCCAUCCCCGCGCUGCUCGACGUCCCGUUCAUUUCAGACAAGAGUGUAGCGCCGCCGGUGCAGCCACUGUUAAAUACGUUCUCGAGUUUGCUGUGUCUGAUUUCCAGGAAGCUGCAGGUGUCAUGGAGUUCUAAGGUGAUGUGCACGGACGCGUCCUGUUGGGGCUUCGGACUGGUCUGCAAGGACCUCGACAAGGACCUCGUGGGCUCGAUGGGCUGUUUCUCCGAACGGUGGCGCUUCUUGGGCGACAACAAGGUGCUCUCCAGGGCUUGGGCUGCAGGCUCCAAUGACGACGGGAUCAUGACAAAGCCUCUAGAGAGCUCCAAGGACUUCCAGCAGUUCGUGGGGGAUGAGGAGGCUAACAACGAGGCCCGCACGCGGGCCGCUGGACGUCUUCCCGAAGCGGUUCGUGAGGAAGGUUGGGCGGUGGUGGGCUCGCACAAGUGGGGAUCUCCGCCUGACAACAUCGUGGAGGGGGAAGCCAGGGCUAUCGCUUUUGGGGUAAAGCACAUCUGCAGAUCCACGAAGGCCUUUGACUGUCACCACCUCCUGCUCUCCGACUCCCUCUCUUCCGUCUUGGCUCUGGGCAAGGGCCGAUCCUCGGCCCCCGGCGUCAGCGGCGCGCUGCGCUCCGUGGCAGCACAUGUCGCGGCGACGGGGCUCCGGCUCAGUGGCUGCGGCACGCUGGUUACGCUCGUGCUGGAAACGGCCAGGCUGGAGCGUCGCCAGGCGGCGGCCCAGGCGGAGGAGGCCCGCUCGGUCCAGCGGAUCCGCUCAGUGCCGCCGAGCCGGGCGACGUCAGCACCGUCGCUUCGGAGGCCUCUCUGCGUCGCCCUGGCUGGCUCGCCACCGCUCUUCAAGGCGCAGGCUACGCCUGCGGCCGACGUGGUGGAGUGGCGGAAGCUGGCCCGGGGCGGAGCCAAGCUGGCCGAAGCGGAGACGCUGGACGUACCACAGCUGAGCACAGCGUGGACGCAGACAGUGACGUCCAGGUUCCAGCAGGUGGGCGCCGAGGUCAACGACUGGCUGGCAGAGCAAGGGUUACAUGCGCAGCCGACGCUCUCCCUCGACGGCCAGAGAGGGAUCCCGCCGGCUCCCGAGGCUGCCGCCGAGCUGGACGGCAGACUCGCGGGGAGGAUGUUGGGGCAGUACCUGGAGGGCGUCGACCACUGGCGCGGAGUUCAAAUGCUGGCCGCCCUACAAUGGUGCGACCCGCGUCUCAGCCGCGAAUGGGCCCUGGUGCUAUAUCCACUCGACGGCGAGGAGUCGCGGCCCUGCGAGACGGCAGAGUUCGACGAGAGCCCCGUGCUGGACCGCCGCAGCGUGCUCCGCGAGGUUCUCUUAGGGAGGCUCGCUGCCCUGCAGUGCCAGGCUCGCUGA